UCGCCCCGCAUCAGUCCUUUUACGGAGACUGUUUCGUACGCACUUGUAUUGCCCGCGCGCACCACGCACGCACACCGCUCUCGUGCGCGCACACCAGUCAGUAACGACCACCGCGCGCACAGUCUUUUCCGCACCGGCGCCGGUAGUGAACGUGUUCGCGAGUGCGAUUUUCAAAAAAUACUACUACACCACCCGCUACGGUUUUUUUUUUUUUUACUACAAGUUUCCGUUUUUUUUUCUCUCACACGUUGUGUUUCGCAGUCGUUUUAUCAUCGGUUUUUAAAUAUAAUUACGUCCGUCGUGCGUCUCCGAUCAGCGAAACAUUGCCGUUCUUCCAUUAUUAUUAUUAUUGUUUUUAUUAUCAGUAACAUUGUUGUUCGCGAGCGCCGUCCCGUCGAUGGAUAUUAAUUUUUGUAACUAACGUGCCGUGUGUUUUUGUAAGAUUUUUCACAACGCGUUUUGGAUUUUCGACCGGUGGAUCCCUAACGUUUGUAAUUUUUUUUUCCCCGGCAAAAUUGCCGCCUUCGGGAACCGAGAGGAUAAGUGCGUGUGUUCGCGACACGCCGAGUGAACGUAGAGAACGACCGCUGGGAUUACGCGGACUAAAAUCACGUUGCCGGGUGCCGCCAACAUGGUGAACCCGAGCACGGAAUCCAUACUGAACCAGAUGACCAACCUGGCCAUGGACAUCGCCAUGGACUACGUGUUGCCGGCGUCGCCGAUGAGCGACGUCUGCAAGAGCGACCUGUACGAGUUCGAACGCGAAGUGGUUGCGGCCGCCAGCAGCAGCGUUAAUCUGCUCAGCAGUUUGGUGGCCAGCACCGUGGGAACGGCGAACGGCUGCUGCGGCCGGCCUCCCACGAACUUGUGCAAAAAGAACAGCUACAUGGGCGCGGCGGGUUGCGACUCGUGCGACGCGUGCACGGCCAGGCAUGCCGCGGACUCAACGCCGGGCAGAAGCUGCAGCGGGUCACCAUCGUCCGCGGGAUCGUACACGCCGUCUUCCACGUCCUCGUCGCCGUCCGCGCACCAAACGCCGCCGCAGCAGCAGCAGCAGCAACCGCCGCAGACGGCCGAGACGACGAUGGACAUCAGCUGGUGUCAGUUCGACGGGUGCGAGUUCGACACGGCCGACAACAGUUACCUGGACAUAUGCGAGUGGAUAUUCUACGCGGACCGGUACGCGCUGACCGACGAGAAUCGCGAGAAGGUGCAAAAAGCGUUCCAAAUGGUGCCGCCCGGUGAGGUGACGGGUUACGUGGCCGGGCCGCCGCCGUCCGUGGCUCUGCCGCAGCAGCAGCAAAAGAACGCCAGGAUGGGCGUCUCGUCGACCAUCACCACGAACGCGGGCGGCUCCGUGACCAUCAAGUCCGAGCCGCUGCACAUCAAAUCCGAACUGCUCGAUAUCAAAUCCGAACCCGAAGACGACUAUUUGUGGACCAGCGACAACCACUUGCAACCGAUCAUACUGAAAGCCAAACCGAACGCGGACAUACUGGAGAUCACGGAACUCGAUCACAGUUAUCUACAAUCAAACAGCUGCUCGGCCAGUUCGUCGGCGGCCGCGUCGCCCAUCAAACACCACCAUCACGCCAACCAUUUGGUGGACAUGCUGGGAUUGGUCACACCGCCCCCGUCCAGAUCGCAGUCUUCCGAAGAGGAAGAGAUUGAUGUGGUCAACGAUGGUUGGGACACGCCGGACACGCCGCGCAAGGGCGCCACCAUGGCAGACAUAAUGAAACGCGGCAUCGUGAAGAAACGCGACCAACCGGUGACCAAAUGGAAGAACACGGUGAAGCGGAAGCACAAAACGACCGCGGCUACAGUGGCUGCGGCGUACCCGAUGCCGCCGCCACCCCCGAAGAAACUGUGCGGCGGCGGGGGCCUGUCGCUGUUAGACAGGUUCAAGAAGGACACCAACUGGAAAGACAUGGUCAUUAAAGACGAGCCGCUGGACGAAGAGCCGGUCGACGAACUGAGUGCAGUCGAGCACGCGAUCCUGCGCGCCGAGAUCAAAGCGGAACCGUUGGACGGCGACGACGAGGACGACGAUUACGACAUGGACGCGGACUUUGAGUCAUUGAUGAAGAAUGAACCGGAAGACAUAUUCGACGACGAGUACGACGAUUACGAUGAUGAAAACGACGAUAUGGACUGGGACAAGGUGCUGGGCAAGAACAUCGGCUUGGACACGUCGUCGUCACCCAACGGUGGUAGCCGCGGGCACAGCAAAUCGUCCGGUGGUUCGUCGUCGUGCAGCUCGUCAUCGCACACGACGGCCGGUGGUCGGAAGAAGAAGAAAAAGAAGAAGGCAACCAAGAUGUCCAAGCAGCAGCAGCAGCUGCACUCGUCGAGCGGCUGCUCUGGCAUCGGAUCCGGCAAGAGGACCAAGUACGAUGGCGGCACGGGCACGUACAGCUACAAGACGAAGCUGAUGGACCCGGUGAAACGGGCGCUGCACAACGACCUGGAGAAGUCGCGGCGUGUUGAGACCAGCAUGCUGUUCAUGAACCUCAGCGAGCAGGUGUCCUUCCUGGAUGACAACCGAAAGAUACCGUCCAAGCUGAGCAUACUGCGCGGCGCCAAGCGGGAGUGCGACCUGAUGAUGUUGGACGAACGGCGACUGCUGUCCGAGAAGCACGUCAUGCAGCAGAAGCAGCGCAUGCUCCGGGAACGGCUGUUCGAACUCCGACGGGACCACUACCACCGGCGAUACGGUAAGAACAACCCUAAACAACAACAACAACAACAGCAACACCAACAGCAACAGCAGCAGCAUUAGUGUUAAAGUUUGUGCGGUUGUGCACGCUGCUGCGGCGUCGGCGGGGGUAGGAUUUGACCAGGUCCGAACAACCCCCGACCCGCUGCACGCGCUCUCACCACCUCUAUCCCAUCACCGAAAUUACACACACACAAACACACACGCUACACAUCCUCCCGGAGGAGGGGCGAUUGUCGCUCGUUCGUUUUUAUUUAUUUAACUCUUAUUUUUUCUCGUUUCAAUGAAAGGUUGCUCAAGUACACGUUAUGUUAUAACUAUUUAUUAUUAUUAUUAUUAUCACUCCAUAUACAUUGUGUGUGUGUAUAUUUUUUUAUAUAUAUAUAUGUAUAAAUAUAUACGUAAUUUUAUUAAAUAAUAUUAUCGAUAUGCAAUUGUGUAUCAUAUUACGUAUGUGCACGACACGACGUGCACAUACGCAUAAGAUAGAAACAUGUAAGUUUAACGCGUCCGUACUGCUGCGCUUAAGUUUAUUUUUUCCAUGAGUACGUUUUUUCGGUUCGGUAUUUUUUUUUUAACAUUUCGUUAAUUUUUUUCUAUAUCAUAGAAAGUACAAUUAUUUUUCUACCACCAAAUACAGUUCAGAAAAAAAACCUUCGGAAGAAUAUUAUAUACAUGUAUAUAUAUAUAUUUAUAAAAUUAUUAUUAAGAAGGCGUGUGUGUACAUACUUAAAAUAUUUGGUAGUAUUAUCGACGUACCUUUUCGGAGCUCAUCAUAUUUUAUCGAGUUUUUCUUAAAUUUUAUUUCCCGACCCCGGAACAUAAUUCGUACCCCCGCGCA